GCACAACACUACUUCGACUUCCGAGUCAGAUCCGAGAUCUGAAUAAAGACUCUCUUGGAACGGUGGGAAGUCUAAUGUAAUUCGCUGCGCAUGCAAUAUUUUGGCCCAUCUUCAGACACCAAUCGAAUCUCAUUGAAGAUUUCCCUUCGUGUGAGGCCAAAACUUGAAGUUGUUCGUCAAGGACAUCCUUUUAACUCUGAAACGGAUUUGGCACGAUGCACUAGUACCAUGUCCUCUCUAGUGCGUUUCCCUCGCAUGCCAGUCAUAUCACCGAGUGUCGCCUCCGCCAGUUGCUUUGUUUUGUGGAUGGCAUCAAGGCCAGAAUCAAGGGAAGAACUAUCUUCCAACCAAUUAACGACCGAUUAUCAGCUCAGUCACGGUGCACAUCUCAGGCAAUCCGUGCCUGAUAUUCCGAUUCGCAAGAAAUCAGCAAUCAACAUUAGCAUGAUUUAUGUCCUCUGCAAUCUUAUCGCUUUCUUUCUACUGGUUCUGGACGUAAACCUAGUCUCUGUACCUGUUACGGUCCUUGCGGACAGAUCUUCCCAACACCCUACCUACCCUACCACCUUCACUCUUGACGUUGCUUUGAUUGAUCGAACAAUCCUGCCAAUUGCUAUGCGAGAUUGAACUUUCGGAUGGGGCGACAAUGUGACAAACCAGGUAUACUGGUGCAGAUGAAGUUCGACCCGGUCGAAUACGGCCUUUGAUACCUUGAUAACCCAUUGACUUUCUUAUUAGGCCGUUUGCAGCAAGAUACGAGGCUAACAUCGACACUGAAUACU